AAUCAGGUGCUGUUUUCACAUUUGGCAAAACCAGAUUUGCAGAAGAUAUUCCUAGCAAGUUCUGGUUCAAAAAUGACAAGCCUGUACUUAUAUCAUGUGGAGAUGAACAUACUGCUAUUGUUACAGGGAAUGGUAAGCUGUACAUGUUUGGCAGUAACAACUGGGGCCAGUUAGGAUUAGGAUCAAAGAACACUGUGACCAAACCAACAUGUGUUAAAGCUUUAAAACCAGAAAAAACAAAACUUGCUGUUUGUGGAAGAAACCACACCUUAGUUUACACAGAAAAAGGAAAUGUGUAUGCUGCUGGAGGUAACAGUGAAGGUCAGUUGGGAUUAGGUGACACAGAAGAAAGGACCACAUUUCAUGUGAUCAGUUUUUUUACCAACCAGCACAAGAUCAAACAGCUAGCAGCUGGAUCAUACACCUCAGCAGCAGUAACUGAGGAUGGGCAGCUUUUUGUGUGGGGUGACAAUUCGGAAGGUCAGAUUGGCUUGGCUGGUGAAGCCUGUGUCAAUGUCCCUUGUCAAGUGGAUAUUGGAAAACCUGUUUCCUCUGUAUCCUGUGGAUAUUAUCACUCUGCCUUGAUAACAGGAGAUGGUGAGCUCUAUACUUUUGGAGAAGCUGAGAAUGGGAAACUGGGAUUAUUGCCCGAACAGCUGAAGAACAAUAGAGUCCCACAGCCUGUACGGGGAAUUAUGGAAAAGGUUAAUAAAGUCGCCUGUGGUGGAGAACACACAGUGGUGCUGACAGAGACAAAUGUAUAUACUUUUGGUCUUGGACAAUAUGGGCAGCUGGGACAUGGUACCUUUAUUUUUGAAACGUCAAUACCGAAGUCUGUGAAACACUUGAAGAGGCAUAAAAUAUGUAAUGUUACAUGUGGGGAAAAUCAUACUGCUGUCAUAGCAGAGAACGGCCUUAUGUUUACUUUUGGAGAUGGGCGACAUGGCAAGUUAGGCCAUGGAGAAGAGAAUUUUACAAAUCAGUUUGAUCCCACUCUGUGUCAUAAUUUCUUGAGAUUCACCGUCCUUUUGGUUGCUUGUGGUGGUUGUCACAUGCUAGUUUUUGCUGCUCCAAGACCUAAAGGAUCUGAAGAAGUACUCUUAGAAGAUUUACAUGAGAGCCGUUUGACUACUACUUUCUCUAAAAUAAGUGGAGAGUCACCACUAGCGAACACCUUACAACUAACAUCAGCACGAAUGCGACGUCGAGAGAGGGAAAAGUCACCAGAACAGUUUAUUCGAAUGGCACAAACUCUGCCUGCACUGGGAGAAAGAUUCUCCAAACCUUCCCUGCCUGUGUCUAGCAACACUAGCCCACUCUGGUUUUCUGCAACGAGUCUUCGUAGAGCUGAACCUGUGAAGCACAGAGGCCAUCACAAAAAAGAAGAGAAUCAUCAGAAAGAUAAACCUGGUGAAAGCUCUGCAGAAGAAGAUUCAGAUAAUGAAAGUAAUGACAGAAACCUUGGAGAUACAACGGACGUCCUAAAUAUGACACAUGCAAUGAAAUUGAAUCCCAGUGACCAGUCCUUAAAAUUAUCACCACUUCAAAAACAAAAGCAGGAGAGUGAAGGCAGUGAAGAGGGUGAAAGUGAAAAACUAGAUGAAACAGAUGACAGUGAAGGCAAAUUAGGGGAGGAAGAAGAAGAGAGUGAAGCUAAAAGAGAUAGAGUUGAAGAAGUUACAGAGGAGAAAUGUGCAAAAGAGGAAGACACUGAAAAAGAAGAGGAGGAACAGGUUAAAUGUGAGGGAAGAGAUGAAAGUGAGGAAGAAGGUGAAGAUAGAGAGGGGGAGGAAGUAAAAGAGAUAGAGGCAGAAGAAGAAAGAGAAGAUGAAAAGGAAAAUGAAGAAGAAAAACAAAGAGAGAAUGGAAAAGACAGUGAAGAGGAGUUAGAAGAAUCAUUGGCAGGAAGGGAAGAAGAAGAGGUAUCCAGAGAAGAGCAGGAAGAUGCAAAUAGGAAGACUAAGGAGGUGGGGGAGGAGGGAUUUGAAGAAAAAGGAAAAGAGAGGGAGGAUGAAGUGGAAGAAGAAAGAGAAGAUGAGGAGGAAGAGGAAGGAGCAGAGGCAGAAGCAGAAGGGGAGGAGGGGCAAGAAGAUGAAAACAAGGAAGAUGAGGAGGAGGAAGAAGGAGCAGAGGAAGAAGCAGAAGGGGAGGAGGAGGAGGAAGAAGAUGAAAACAAGGAAGAGGAGUGGGAAAAUGAAGAAAAGGAAGGGGAAGAAGAAGAGGGAGAAGGAGUGGAGGAAGAAGAGGGAGAAGAUGAAGUGGAAGAAGAAAGAGAGGAGGAAGAAGAGCAAGAAGGAGAGAAGGAAGAAGGGGAAGAGGGAGAAGAGGGAGAGGAGGAACAAGGUGAUGAGGAAGAGGGGAAGGAGGGAGAAGAGGAAGGAGAUGUGGGAGAGGUGGAAGAAGAGGAUGAAGGAGAGGUGGAAGAAGAGGAAGGAGAGGAGGAAGAAGAGGAUGAGGGAAAGGAGGAAGAAGAGGAAGAACAAGGAGAAGAGGGAGAGGGCGAAGAAGAAGAAGAGGAAGGUGAUGUAGGAGAGGAGGAAGAAGAGGAUGGGUCCAAACAGCAUGUAGCAAAUGGUUUACAUAAUUCAGAGCAAUUUUGGAACAACGUGCUACCUCAUUAUUUAACACUAAAGUAG